AUGCUUCCUGGAAAAUAUGAAUAUGACUUUGAAAUACCUCUCCCACAGGUUAAUUAUUGCUCAAAAUCUAAAGACAAUGCUUUUGUGAGGACACCUAAACAUGAUGAAUACCCAUUACCUCCAACUGUCGAUGACAUAAAUCAGCUUGCCAAUGUUGCGUAUGAAGUUACUGCCAUACUCAAUUCAUCAAAGUUUUUCUCUAUGAAUGCAAAAACAUCCCUCACGGUGAGGCUUGGUACUCCAAUGUCUGAUUUAUUGGUUCGAAAGAGCAAGAGUAUCUCGUAUUGGAGAGAUAGUGUUAGUUUUGAGAAGAAAUUACCCAGUGGUGAAGUUUUGAACAUUCCUGUCUUUUUAGAAAUCAGAUCCAAUGGGUUUUGUGAGACUGUUGGUGAAAUGCCAACUUUCAAGUUAUUUGUUCUUUCAGAGAUACAGCCAGAAAAUUAUCGAUCAAUGGAGUUAGAGGAUGCUGGUUGUGUAUACCUAAGGUCAAUUGAAGUGCUGAUAAAGAAGCAUACCAAAGUACGGGCAUAUGAGGCUACAGAAGAGGAGAUUAAAGAGUACAAUAUAUGUUCCGUUGAAGGGUUGAGCCAUAGACUAGAUUUGUCACAUGCACAUAGGUCAAAUGCAGUUGAGAAAAACGAUGGUAGUUCUUUAUACGAACUGGAAAUUCCUAGCUCUAUUUACCAAAAUGUUGCAAUACCCAAAUCAUUUACACCAACAUUUGAGUUUUGUAACAUAAAGAGAGAUUAUGAGAUUACAAUUAAAGUAGGAUUAUCAGGAACUGCAAAAGCUUGGGAGCCAGAAGUGUUUGAGUUACAAAGAGAGUUGACUCUUUUGAGUGGAGUGUGUGAUCAAAUUGACAAAUCAGAGAAAGAACUUCUUAUGGAGCAACAGAGAAAUCCUCAACUAAUGGAGGAGCUCCCACCUCCUUCAUAUGAAAAGAUAGAACUAUAG